AGGACGGAUCGUCUCUGUGUCGGCCCCCGCUGCUCCCUGCUGGGUCUCUACUAGAAUCUGUCCACCAGAACCCCUCCUGGAAGAACUUGGUCUACAGCAGGUCCCAACGCUGUGAGACUCUUCAAACUCGGUGUCGAUCGCAGCACCAGAAGUCCCAGCCCAGCAGCCAGCCAGUCACGUUGCAGCACCAGCUAAUCUCUGCCCAGCAGCCCUCAGGAGCCCCUCCCACUUAUCUUGGUCACCAAGGCAACCAGCGCAGAGUCACCCGCACCAAGUCCUGUGGGCCCUUCCUGCUUAUGCAACCAAACCAGGAUGCCGCCCCCCAUCAGAGCUCACCCACAAUUCAACCGGAUCCCCACCCCCACCUGCUGCCUCCUCGUCCGGCCCAGCUGCCCCCCCAUCAGGAUGCCCAGCUGGAGGACGCCACCCGCAGCCUCCACAAGGCUCUGGCUCUGGAAGGUCUCAGGGACUGGUACCUGAGGAACACCUUGGGCUCUCCCCACCAGAAUCAACUUAGAGGACAGGUCUCCACAGAGUUCAACACUGACGGGAACUCUGGGGUCAAAGGUCAGGCCGUAAUGGGCGGAGCUCUGCAGCGAAGACGUCCAACUCAGCAUGUUGUCCAGCAGUCGACCAAUCAGAGGGAGGCGAGUCAUCGUUACACUAUGCCACUUCCCAAACAUACGAUGCCACAUUCUGCCACGUUC